CUUUAGAGGAAUGCUUUUCCUUUUUAAAUUCAAUGUCUCUUGUUUGAAAUUCUCUACUUAAUUUGCACUAUAUAUACCUCCUCAAUUGGUGUAGGGACAAAACACCAAUCUAUAGAAAUCAAAUCUGAAUCAAUACUAUACAUAUAUAUAACUAUAUAGAAUGGAUCAGGCUGUAAUCAAGCCAACAAUUGACAUUAUUGUGUGUGCUUCCAUGAAAAAUAGUGAUGAUUCCAUUACCAAACCAUCAUCAUGUUCACAGUCACCACCAUUCUUAACUAAGAUCCAUGCAGGCUACUUUUUCAUCUCUCUAUCCUUUGGUGCUCAAGCUUUGCUAUGGAAGAGUUUAAGUGAACAUAACAAUGAAUCACAAACUCUAUGGCAUGGUUUUAAUUUGAUGCCUUCUGUUGCUUAUCUACUACUUUGGUGUCUUGCAGUAUUCAUUGCAACUAUCCUAUCGUUUCUUUAUAUGCUCAAGUGCAUCUUGCACUUUCAUGCAGUGAAGGAUGAGUUUUCACAUCAUAUUGGAGUUAACUACAUGUACACUCCUUGGAUUUCGUAUCUUCUCAUGCUUCAAUCGUCUCCGUCUUCGAUUGUUCCGCGAACUCGUUACUACGAGUUUCUUUGUCUGGCCUUUUCUUUUGUUAUAUUUCUUCUUGAUGUAAAACUAUUCGGACAAUGGUUCACAACUGAAAAGAGGUUUCUGUCAGUGGUAGCAAACCCUGUUAACCUUGUUUCUGUUAUAGGAAACUUGGUGGCGGCUCAAGUCGCGACAGAAAUCGGUUGGAACGAGUUUGCGAUUUCAAUGUUUUCGCUAGGAAUGGUACAUUAUUUGGUUCUAUUUGUGACACUGUAUCAGCGCCUAACAAGUAAUAAUCAGUUUCCUAUAGUUCUAAGGCCAGCUUAUUUCUUGUAUUUUGCUGCACCAAGCAUGGCAAGUUUAGCUUGGAAAUCCAUCUCAGGUUCUUUUCUCAUCUCAUCAAAGAUGCUGUUCUUUCUCUCUUUGUUCCUUUUUCUUUCUCAGGCUUGCAGGCCAGGACUGUUCAAGAAAACUAUAAAAAGAUUAAACGUUACAUGGUGGAUCUACUCAUUCCCUUUAACAUUCCUUGGUCUAGCUUGUGCUGAAUAUGCUCAUGAGGUGAAAAGUAGCAUGGCCUCUGGUUUAAUGCUUCUGAUAUGUAUUGUGUCUGUUCUGGUUUUUGUUUUUCUCAUGCUAACUACUGUACUCAAAAUCGAGAAGCUGAUUAUGCAUAAAAAAGCACCCAGCAAAUGAAAUAUAAUGCCAAAUUCCCCUCUUUCCAUUGGAAGGAAGCUAAUGAAAGUUGAUCAACUUAUCUGAAUAUUCUGUAGCACCGACAUAUUUAAAAAAAUGUAUCCUUAUCCGAAUUGGAUACUAGUACAUACGCUUAUAAUUACAUUUA